GUAAUGGUUUUAUCUUAAUGAACACCAAACAAACUUCACAGUUUACGUUAGUUUUUGUUCCUACCGAUGUCAAAAAAAAAAAUCGCGUCUUCUCUGUUCGGCGUAGUCUGAUGAAACUUAUUAUUAAAUUAAGAAAAAACUUAUAUUAAAUAAUUUUAUACGCCAAACAAAGAAAGUUAAAGAUAAAAAAUCUAAUAGUUUCGAUUUUGUUCAAAGUGACAAAUAUUUUAUAUUUUCGAAGACGUAUGGCUAUAAUCCAAACGUGAUAUUAACCUUAAUUUUGUAAUAUCUGCUCGGAAUUUUAAAAACGAGCAGCAUGGCUAAAAUAGUUGAAUCAUUAAAAAGAUUAAGUGUUGAACAUGGUACACGUAAACAUGAUGACAAUCGAACCGUCAAAAGAAAAAGCGAGUUAAUAUCAUCGAUAGAAGAAGCAGUAUCUCUUGAUCAUAAUUAUAUUCUUGCCGUCUGUGGAACACAAAGUGAUCCAGAAUUUCGAAUUGGUACUGCUUUAUCUGAUCAUACAUGUGUAAUAUAUUCUGUUGGGGAAAGUUUAAACCAGACUAUUACAUUAACUCAUAAUCAAGCACCUAUUGUUGGUAUUAGGUUCAGUCCUACUUCUAGAAAUAUUUUAUAUACAGCAAUGAAUAAUGGACAAAUUACAGCAUGUGAUUUACGAGCUAAAGGCAAAGUUAUUGCAAGGUUUAAAGAUAGUACAGAAGAUGGCAAAAUGAGACCUCUUUGCAGUUUUGAUGUUAGUUGUGAUGAAAAACUUGUAGCAGGUGGUACUGAGCAUAUUGGAGGAGAUGCAUUUAUUUUAUUUUGGGAUAGUCGACAUACUAAUUCAAAAUUGGAUGAUAAAAAUAAUCUUCUUGGUGGAUAUUGGGAAUCUCAUAUGGAAGAUGUAACCUCUUUGGCAUUUCAUUCUAGUAAGCAGGAUGUCUUAGCAUCGGGUAGUACAGAUGGACUGAUUAAUGUCUUUGACCUUACACAGCCAUCAGAAGAUUCUGCAUUAACUUAUUCCUUAAAUACCGAAUCAUCUGUGGAUAGGAUAGGCUGGUUAAAUGAUGAUAAUCUUUGGUGCACAACACAUAAUUCAUUACAACUUUGGGACUGUGAUGGAGCAACUCCAUAUGCUAAAUUUGAACGUAGUAAUCUAACAGUUUCUCAAAAUGAUGAUCCAGAUGAUUGUUAUAUAGUUAGAUUUCAUGCUUCAAAUGCACUUGGACAACCAUUCCUCCUUGCAGGUUCUAGUAAUGUUAAAGGGGAAAAUUUGAGAUGUUUAAAUAUCAUAAAUGAUCGAUUAGAAACAUGUUAUAAUAUGAUAGGAAAUAAACAAAUAGUACGUGAUAGCUGGCUACAUGAAAAGAGUGGUUCCUUAAUAACAGUAGGUGAAGGUGGACUUAUAAAUAUUUGGAGACAAACUGAAACUAUACCUAUCCAACAAAAUUCUAGCCAUAAAUUGAUGGCAAAAAUUGGUACCGGUAAAGGACGGGAUCGUCAACACAGAACUAAGCCAUAUUAAAAUUGAUAGGAUAAAAAUUUGUAAAUGCAAAAAGAGUUUUUGUAAGUAAAUAUAAUAAACAGAAGAGAAAUAUUACGUAACAUUAACAUAAUCGUACAUUUCCCUCACGUUUUUCUUUAUUACAAUAACAGUUGUAUGUACAUUUAUAAUAAAUAGAUAUUAUUUCCUUAUGCGGUUAAUGAUUUAACAGCGAUUCAUGUAUCAAUCGAAAAAUGUAGCAUAUGUAUAUAAACGUUAAGGAAUGUAAAUCACAUAUCAGUAUGUAUAUAUCUGUAUAGAAUUGAAACAGGAAGAAAAAUAUCGUAAAUAUUUAUUUACUUUCGCUAAGUAACAGAUUAACUUUUAUGGAUCGCCUUCCGGAAAAAAUGAUUUUAUUUCGGAAUAUAAAAAGUAGUUUAAAAUAUGUUUACGACAUGCAUUUGUUAUAAAAUAAACACAUUUUAUGAAUAAAUGAUAAUCUUAAUGAAAUAAUUAAGCAAGUAAUAUAAUAAGUAACAAUUGAUAUUAGCAUAUAACUGACAUAACGAUUUUUAAUUUAAUUUGUUAGAUUUUAAGAGAAUUAAUGCUGAUUUAUGAAGUAAACGCGUCCUAACAAAUACGCGUUUAUUUGUUAGAUACAAUUUUACGUUAACAUUUCCAUAGACGAUCGCAGUAGCGAGUAUCACAAUGAUAACAAUAGAUAUAGUUUUAGAGUAAAGUAGUAGGUACAGAGUAAACGUACAAAAAUACUUCCCAUGAGCGUCAGAGACAUAAAGAUUCAUUAAAACGUGGAAAACCGCGUUAUUAAUAAUUCUUUAUAUCCUUUUUUAAACUUAUGCUGCCUAACAGCAUCAAAUAUGUUAGAUGCCAAAAGACGCAUGUAGGCCGCCGCACUACUCCUUAGUUGUUAUUCCAGUUUGAUUCUUCGCGUUACCCUGAAGAUGGUGUGCGACUUCAUUGUACAAGGAUAAUAUUUAAUAACAAUAAAUUUUAAUUGUAUUAAGCUACAUUUGACAUAGUGCAAUAUUCUUAAUGUAUAUAAAGAAUAUACAAUUUAUAUAUAUAUAUAUUUUGUAAUAUCUAACUGUGGAAUGAUUUUUUGGAAUUAUGUUCCAAUAUUAAAACUUUUCAUAUAUAUAUUUUAUUUUUUUAUAAUGAGCAUUGACAUGACAUUAAAAAUGUUUUAUUUUAUUAAGUGUUCUUGAAAUGAAGUCGAACACUCAUCCAUGAAGGCUACUAACAGAUUAAUACAAUAUCCUUAUGAGCUGAUAUAUGCUCGAUAUUUUUUUCUUGUUUUCUUUUUUUUUUUUUUUUUUGUAAUAGACUUAUAAGAAUUAAAUUUUUUUUUAUAAUCUUUAAAUCUUACGGAAAUAUUUUUAAGAACUAUUGUCACCACGAUUGUGUGUGUAUGUGAUUGAGACAAAAUUGAGACAAAUUGAUAGUAUUAUGUUUCCUUACAAAGAUAAAUUAAUUAGUUAUAUAUUUUAUUAUCGUGCCUCGACGACGCUGUUCUUCUAUUCGAUCAUAUUGCACGUUACAGCAUCUUUUGAGGCAAAUACGUGCAAAAUCUAAACAUACAUAUAUACUAAAACAAAAAAUAUAAUGAUGAUCUAUAUUCUAGAACCACAUUCGAGAUUUUUAUCCUUAUCUAAUAUCUUAAACGUGCAGUAUGAUCAAUCUUUAAAGAAUACUUUUUCUAGAAUAAAUUUUACUUCCAAAAUAAUCAAAAACUUUCUUCACAAAAAAAGUCUCGUAUAAAUAAAAUAGUUUAAGCAAUCAAAAAUUAUUGCCGAUUUUAAUAUAUAUAUAAUGCAAUAAAUAAAAUAGUUUGUUAUAUUACUUAAAAAAGAAGAAAAGAAAAAAAUUACAGAUUAACGAUAAUGGCAGUGAAUAAUCUCGAAGAAAGAUGUAAAAUGUAGUUUGGAUUGCUAUUGAUUUUGUUAAAUUAAAAAUGAUUUAUACAUAUUUAUUAAUGGAAUGAUGUAAUGAUAUUCAAAAAAUUAAUGAUUUUAAUCUGUGGCUUGGCACACGUAACAGCAAUGCACUAUUGAUAAUAAUAGAUUUUAUCCGUCGUUUUAGCACGUAUUAAAAUACUUUUAAAGUUACAGUAUAAGAAUAGCUACCGCGGUCACUCAGGCAUUCGUACACAUACAUGCAUUCACAUUUACAAAUACACACAUGUACGUGUCACAAAUGUUACAUACGAAUUCAUUUUUUCUAUCUCUUUUUCAUUCAUAUAUUUUCACACAUUUUCGUUUUCAACAUACGUACAAGUAAUGCCAUACAUAUGUCAUGAAAAAGUAUAUCUAUAUACACAUCCAUGUAUAUGCAAUUCUAAUAAUGUAUUUUUUCUAUCUUAUAUUCAGCAAAUUGCAACAGAUUUGCUUUAAAAGAUUCGUCUAAAAUCAUGUCUCUAAAAUUGUCAGUCGGCUUAAUAACAUAACGAAUAAGGAUUCAACAAGAUCGGCUGAUCUAUCUCACUAAGCCAUUUUAACAUUUUUUUCCCGCAAUAUUUCUGAGCACUAAUUGUUAUUUUUUUAUUUGUCCAUAUAUUUUAUAAUUAUUCUUUUUUUAUAAUAGGUUUUGUGAGAAUUUGCAUAAAAAUUAUAUUAUUGCCCUCAGUAGCAGUUGAAAAGUAACACUAUUUUUUAUUUAAUUUUAUAUUGAAAAUAAUAUGUAUAUUCUGUUUUUAUUAAUAGUCGCACUAUUAUUAUGGACAUCUUAAAUGCAUCACUUGUGUACUAUAUUGUAUUUUGAUAUACAACAUAGAUAAAAUUGUUAAGAGAAAAAAAAAGAAAUAAAAGAGAAAAAAUACCAAUAAGUAAAAAAAAAAUAUUAGAAACAAAGGAAUAAAAAAAAAAGACAAUAUGAACAAGAAAAAUUGAAAUUAAUAAUAAUUAUAAAGAAAAUGAAAGUAAUUUUAAGUUCUUACCGAGAAAAUGUUGAAAGUCAAAAUGACUUUACACGACUUCUAGGUUGAGCAUCUUUUGAUUGAUUUCGGGAGGGAGUUAGUGUGGAAGUUGGAGUAGCUUCGCCAGUUGUAGGACGAGAAGAUCGAGAAUGUUUCCGACCAAAACGAAAGAAACGUCAGAAAAAAAUUACUUCUUCCUCCAAAGGUUGUUGCUGUUCUGUUCGUUGAUGCUGUUGUUGAUGUGGAUAUUCUGGAGGCGAUCGUGUAAUUCGAAGUGAACGAUUCGAGGAAUGACUCGUUCCAGCAUGAUUAUUUCCUAAUUCUGGUGAAGAAUAUGUAGAUCCAGUAACAAUUGCCGGGCUACUUCCCGUUCGCGAAUGUCGAUCGGGACUAUUAUUACUUGUACUUCCACUUCUAAUUUUUUUAUUAAAUAAAAAAUAUAUUAUUAGAAUAUAUAUAUAUAUAUAUGUAUAUUUUAAUAUUAAUUUUUUAAUUUAAUUUUAUAUGUUAUAUUUUAAAUUAAAUUUUAAUUAAAUUAAAUUUUAAUUAUAUAAUUUAUAAAUAAUAUUUAUACAUACCUAUUAUUAUUGCUCCCACUAGCAAGUUUUAAAGGCAAUUGUUGUUUGACAGGAAGAUUACUUUGCACUUUUUGCUGAUUAGUAGCACUAAUUAAAUUUAAUGGUAUUCUUUUAGCAUCUGGUUGUGAUUUUCGUGUUUGUAUAGUGUCAUUUCCUUGCGUCAAAUGAGAUAAAUGAAUAGUCGUAGAAGUAGGUGCAGAACCUGUAACUAAUGUCACCCCUUGUCGUUCCAAUGCUUCGAGUCGUCGGUAUAAUUGAUCUCGUUGCUGUGUAACAUCUCUUUGUUCUGCUGCCAGUUGUUCUCGUUGCCUUGCCAAUUCAGUCCGUUCUUCUUCUAAUUGUUUUUGUUCUUGUUGAGAUGCAGCACGAAAUGCUGCUUUUUCUCGACUUAACUGAUCUUGUAAGUUACGUAAUUCUUCUAAUUGUCGAUUUGGAUUAGGUCUAUUAUUUGAUUUACCCAUACUUCCUUCUUUAUAUGCAGCUAAUUGAGCCUGUAGACUAUCAACUGUUGUCAUUUGAUUACUAAUUAUACAGACCAACCUAUAAACAUGGUGAGAUAAACGAAUUGCUGCCCAUUGUUGAUCUUUAUUUAUUUCUGUAUCUUGACUUUCUUUUUCAUCUAAAUUUUCUUUCAUAAAUUCACUAACUUUUGGAAGAGAAAUUACGGAAUGAAUUGCAGAUUCUCGUAACGGAUAUUUUUCCUAAGAAAAAUAUAUAAUUAUUAUUUUAACUUAUUAUUUUAAUUGCUCAAAUAGUAACGUAUUUACCUUGUUAUGAUCAAAACCCGCAAAUGUUUCAGCUCUUCGAGGAACACAAAGAGCAGAUGGAACAUAGGCUUCAGUAUGUCGUUCUCCUGCAGAACUCAAGCUUCUUGAAAGAGUAGCACCACCAGCACUAAAAGAUAAUGAGCUAGCAAGUUUUGUUGCUUCUUGAAUAGCUGCAACCACCUAUAAAAAAAUGAUUUUUCAGUUUUUAUUUAUUCAAUUUUAUUUAUUCAAGAUAUUUCAUAGCUUAUUAUUUAUAUAAUUUUUGUAAUAUAAUUUCUGGAAAUUAUAUAUUCAUGAAUAUAAUUUCUUAUAUUAUUUAAAA